GCCCAAAAGAAGAGAACUACAGAGCAUUCUUCACGAAAAGAGAACUACAGACGAGAGCACUUGAGACGGGCGAGCAAAAUAGAGGUGACCGGAUUGGAGCUCUUCUUCGGCGCUGAUGGUGGAAACAUCGUCGGAGUUGCUGGUCAGUCACUGCCUUUCUGGUUGCACGCAGCACUCGGACGACGCACGGGUACGGCUUUGCGAAUCAGAAGAAGAAUCAGAAGAAGGCGAGAGACUUUUAUUAAUAGAAACGAGAUCCUUUGGGAUCGGCACACCAUGCACAUGGGAGCAGCACAAAAAUGUUCGGGCUUGAGAAAGAUUGGCGCUAGCAUUAUUUUGGGUCCGUAAAAAAACUUCAUAACCACCUAAAUUCCACACCUGUUCAUCCCAUUUAUUAACAUCUUGUUUAUUCCAAUCGAGCAGUCAAUUGCUACCAAUUCUUCUUGCUGCGAUUUCAAAAGGCGAGGCUUAACGCGAUGCCUAGAAAUGCCAUGCUUUCAAAUGUUAACUGCAGAAUUCAGGGUGCAUUGGAACUCAGUCUGCCCAGUGAGGAGUUUGUUUCAAAAUUGCUCAAAAGAAAAUGGGCACUAAGAAGCCCCACUUCCAAAGUUCACCAAAUAUUGAUAUCAAAUCACUGUACAGAGCAGCGAGAUGUGUUUGACAGUGCUUCUUUUGUCAUUGAUCAACGACCCUCUCUGGGCAUGAGUUCAGUCGAUGUAAACCACUAUCAGGCAUCCUUUUAUGUGGUGAGGGAUGAUUUGUUACAUCCCAUGGUGAAUGGUAACAAGGCCAGGAAGUUGGAUGCAUUGCUCCCUCUCCUAGUGGAUAACUCAGUAACUGAUGUGGUUACAUGUGGAGGUUGUCAAAGUGCACAUGCUGCUGCUGUUGCUGUUUCAUGUGCUGAGAGGGGACUGAAGUCGCAUUUACUUCUUCGUGGUGAAGAGCCAGAAACUCUUACGGGCUACAAUUUAAUUUCCACAAUGUACGGCAAUGUUAAUUAUGUUCCCAGAUCAUUGUAUGCCAGAAGAGAAGAAAUGCUCGCGUUACAUGCCAAUAAGACGGCUGGCGAUGAAGGACUAAUAGUCUCGCUUAGUGAAAUUCUGGAGGCUUCAUUGUCUGACCAAGGAUUUGACGAACAGUCUUUCCAACUGACAGCUCAUAUACAUGCAGAAAGUGAAAAGAAGGUGGUGAUUGUUAAUGAAGGUGCUGGGGAUGCUGUAGGAUUAUUAGGUGCAAUGCGCCUUGUGGACUACUUGUCUCAGGAACAUUUAUUUGGAAGAAAUCAGCCGCUAAGAAUUAUAGUAGAUGCUGGCACGGGAACUACUGCCAUUGGUUUAGCACUUGGAGUUGUUUUCCUACGGCUCCCUUGGGAAGUAACUGCAGUCAUGCUGGCUGACACUAUUGAGGGAUAUAGAAAAAAGGAGGAAAGUCUAAUAUCUGAAUUUUGUUUGACUUUUAAUUUUCCUAACCCUGACCAACUCUUGAGGAAAGGACGUGAUGGAAUCGUUCACUGGGUAGAACGUCUCGCUCCAAGAAAAUUUGGCAAUGUGUUGAGAGGUGAAGUGAAGAAAUGCCAAACAAUCGCUCAAGAGACAGGUAUCCUGGUUGAUCCUGUAUACACUCUAGCUGCCUGGGAAUCUGCUAUGCAAUUUAGUCGGGAUGAAAGUUCAAAGGCAGCUGUGAUGCUUCACACAGGAGGAACACUUGGUAUGUUUGGAUUAGCUCAGAGGUACAAAUCCUACUUUCAAACGUUGAAAGAGUGAAUGAAUCUCUCUGUCCCACUGAUAAUGACAUUGAAGAAGUUGCUCUCUGUCAUUUUCAUUUCUGUGGGGAAACCUCUACCAGUUAUGCUCUUUUGGUGGCUUUCUUGUGAUCAUUAUUAUAGACAAACAGAAGCUGCUCUAAUCUCUGAUGAGGGAUGACUGUAAUUUAUCAACAAAUAUUAUCUACAAAACCUGCAGUCCUACAUAGGCAUGGACUCGGGCCGGGCCUGACCUGACCGGGUUUUUUUCUGGAUUCUUGAGGCCCAGAACCGGCCCGGGUAGCUACCGGGUCCGGUUCGGACCGGGCCUCAGGCCGGCUACCUUUUUUUUUUUAAUUUUCUAAUUACUUCCUACCCCCCACCCCAAACCCCUCCAAAACAUCCAGCCCAACCCAUUUACAUUCCAAAGAUUUUGAAAAACAAAAACAAAAAAUUUGGCCCGGGCCGGUUCAUGUUUUUGAGACCCGGAGCCCGCCCUGAAACAGUACCAGGCUGGGUGGCCCGAACCGGGCACAGACCCGGUUACAGGCCGGUUGACGCGGCUCGAGUCCAUCCCUAGUCCUACAUGGGAUUAUGUUGUCAGAACCUGACUAGGAAUUGAACUAGCAGAGUGACCCGGUAAGGUUAACUCAGCCAAGGGAUGUCAAUUGACCAAAAAAGAAAAAUAACUUGCUCUUUUUUAUUAUUCAUUUUUUUCAUUUGUUGAUUAUAUGUUUCAUUUUCAUUUUUUGCAACCUUUCCCAUAAAAUAGAAAAAGUAGGAUAAUUUUUUUGUUGUUUC